UCUCCCGACUCUCAGCGAAUUCUCCGAGGAAGAAGUGUCCGAAACCCCCCGAGAAGAAAUGCGGACGGCUCUCGUCGUCUUCCUCCUAUUCCUCGCUUAUUUCGGCUCCCCGACCGCCGCCCUCUACUCCGCCUCCUCCCCCGUCCUCCAAUUGACUCCCUCCAACUUCAAAUCUAAGGUUCUAAACUCCAAUGGUGUUGUUUUGGUGGAGUUCUUCGCGCCGUGGUGCGGACACUGCCAAGCCUUGACACCCAUAUGGGAAAAGGCCGCUGCCGUACUAAAAGGUGUCGUCUCUGUUGCUGCCCUAGAUGCGGAUGCGCACAAAUCUCUUGCGCAGGAAUAUGGAAUUAAAGGAUUUCCUACAAUAAAGGUAUUUGCACCUGGUAAACCUCCAGUAGAUUACCAGGGAGCAAGGGAUGUUAAGCCUAUUGCAGAAUUUGCUCUUCAACAGAUUAAGGCUCUCCUAAAGGAACGGUUAAAUGGCAAGUCUACGAGUGGUUCAGGUGAAAAAUCUGAACCAAGUGCCUCGAUAGAACUGACAUCUCAAAAUUUUGAUAAAGAGGUUAUUAAGAGCAAGGAACUGUGGAUUGUAAAAUUCUUUGCACCUUGGUGUGGGCAUUGCAAAAAGCUUGCACCAGAAUGGAAGAAAGCAGCAAAUAACUUGAAGGGGAAGGUUAAAUUUGGCCAUGUUGAUUGUGAUGCAGAGAAGUCCUUGAUGAGCAGAUUUAACGUACAAGGAUUCCCUACAAUUCUGGUAUUUGGGGCUGACAAAGAAAGCCCAUUCCCCUACGAAGGUGCUAGAGCUGCUCCAGCAAUCGAAUCUUUUGCAUUAGAGCAGCUGGAAACCAAUGUAUCUCCUCCCGAAGUAUUAGAGUUAUCUGGCCCUGAUGUGAUGGAGGAAAAAUGUGCGACAGCUGCUAUAUGUUUUGUGGCUUUCCUUCCAGACAUCUUGGAUUCGAAGGCAGAGGGAAGAAACAAGUACCUUGACCUCCUGUUAUCAGUUGCUGAGAAGUUUAAAAGAAGCCCAUACAGCUAUGUUUGGGCUGCUGCUGGGAAACAGCCUGAUCUUGAGCAACAGGUUGGUGUGGGUGGCUAUGGCUACCCAGCUUUGGUCGCCCUUAACGUUAAAAAAGGCGUAUAUGCCCCUCUUCGAAGUGCUUUUCAGCUCAACCAGAUCAAUGAGUUUGUGAAGGAAGCAGGGCAAGGUGGUAAGGGCAACUUACCCCUGGAGAAAGUUCCCUCCAUCGUUCAAACAGAACCAUGGGAUGGUAAAGAUGGAGAGGUCAUUGAAGAGGAUGAGUUCUCCCUUGAAGAUCUGAUGGACGACAAUGCUGCCGCUUCUAAAGAUGAAUUGUGACCGACACAGAGUAUCGUGGCCAACUUUUAAAAAUUAUGUGAGUUCUUCUAUUUUUAUUGCUUGUUCUUGCUACAAGAGUCUGUUUUGGAGGCUAAGAAGCGGAAAUUUUCUUAAAAAGGGGAGCAUAUCAUGGGGGUAGACAUAUUAUUGAUCCUUCAUAAACUAAUUGUUUAAUAA